AUGGCCAAGGGAAAGGCUAAGGUUGAUGUUGUUGCACCCUCCCGUGAGAGGUCCUUGAAUUGGCAUGAGGAUCAGUCAAAGUACAUGCUAGAGUGGUGCAUUGAGUAUUUGAAAAAACAGCAUACCGGAUUUAAGUUCAAGAAAUCACAUCUCCUGUUGUGUGCCAAUGAGUUAAACAAGAAGUUUGCUAUGGGGGUGACCGUUGAUCAAGUGGACCGUCACUAUAGGUACCACAAAGAAAAUUGGAAGUACAUUGCAACAGCUCUGAGGAAUAGUGGCAACACAUUUGAUGAAACCAGAUGCAUGGUGAUUGUUUCAGAAUCUGAGAAAGCAGAAUUAUCUGACAGAGCAAGACGCCUGCUUGCUAAGCCCAUCAAGUUCUACUAUGAGAUGAGAGAACUAUUCAUAGGAUCCAAUGCUGAUGGAUCUUUGGCUAUGGACCAGAACACAUGCAUGGAUGCUGAUGAUGGCUCAGAUAGUGAUGAAUCAAGAGAACUAAUUGACCUCAAUUGCUACACACAGCCUGAAGAUCUAGAAGGUGAGGAUUCAGACACUUUGCCAACUCCAACCAGACAUGCUACAUUUGAUAACACAUCUUCCAGCACUAGUGAAGCUAGGAGGAAGCGUCCAAGAGCCAAUAAGUCACCAACUAAGAAAUCAAGAAACAAGAGCUGUUUUGCAGGUUCCACUGAUGAAAUAACUGCUACAAUGAAGUCACUUUGGGAAACACUUGCUGCCACUGCCCCUCCCCAAAUGCCACAGCUUACUGAUCCUCAUGCACUAUUAUGGCAAAAACUAGAGGCAAUCCCAAUGACACCAGAUCAGAGGGUUCUUAUUGGUGAACAGUUGUCUACCAAGGAGAAUAAAGGGAGAGGUGGCCGUGGUGGUGUGAGGAUCGCCAGACGCGACAGCCGGCCGCCAAGAAGAACAAGGAGCACAUCAAAGUGCUUCAAGCGCAAGGACUACGGGCACUACGCCAACCGUUGUCCAAAGGAGAAGAAAGGGCGGCGAGGAGGCUCAUAUGCCCGGGUGGAGAAGCGUCGAGCCGGCAUUGAUGCUCCACAUUCUUGGAGGAGCCGCAGUUGCUCGAGAAAAUGCCGAGCCCAUUGCAAGCUUCGGGGAGGCGGCGGCGGUGAUCUGAAGGAAGAGAAGGUGAUUCGAGCGCAUCUUCUUGGUGGUGGCUUUAACACUAGUAAUGUCUGGUACUUAGAUAAUGGUGCAUCAAACCAUAUGACUGGUGAUCCUGCUAAAUUCAAGGAAUUGAAUAGAAAUAUAACUGGCAAAGUUAGAUUUGGGGAUGGCUCUGCAAUAGAAAUCAUGGGAAAGGGCUCUGUUUUGUUUCAAUGCAAAGAUAAGGGAAUUCGAUUGGUUCUUGCAUGA